CCAUUUCGGCUAUUUGACUAAUAAUUGUCCUUUGUGGUUAUUAUUUUGUAAUUUUGAGGUUUGAUAUUAAUUUCUUUGUUAAUUAAACGUUUAUUACUUCAAUGCUUACUAUACCAAUUAGAUAUCUAUUAUAAGUGUAUUUUGUAAUAAAUUUCGACUACUUCAAUUGUAAUAAGAUGCAUUAAUCCUUCAGGUUGCAUUCAUAAAAAAAUAUUAUAGAAAAUUAUUUGCUAGUCUCUUGAUAAAAAUGUUAUGGUUAGUAACAUUUAUCAAAUAUUCUUCAUAGACUGAAUUACCAUCCAAUUUUCAUCUACCUGAGUCAAUCAAUAAAAAAAAUAAUGUCUGGAAAUAAAGCAAAGGUAACUGCUGAAUGGAAAAAGCGAACGCGCCAAGAACACACGCGUUUGCUUCAAGUGAAAGACUCCAAAAUAGCGGAUGAACUGAAGAUUGCAUGGAACAACAACCGAGUCAAAAUGAACGAACUACUGCAGGACGAACAUGAACAGUGGCGCUGGAGGGAAAUGAAGGCGGUGUGGGGUGGGGGUAGCGGUGGUGCGGGGAGCAAGAGUGGGGGUGGAGGGGGUAAGCGAGCCGAGUCAGUGUGUAGCGAUGGUCACGUGACGUCAUGCACUGUGCGCAAGCUCAACGCGGUCACACCUAUACCCACCAUGUACACGUGGGCACCCACCCAGCAGAACUUCAUGGUAGAAGACGAGACAGUGCUACACAACAUCCCUUACAUGGGCGACGAGGUGUUGGACCAGGAUGGCACAUUCAUUGACGAACUGAUCAAGAACUACGACGGAAAAGUGCACGCCGAGAAGAAGAGCGGACUCAUAGAGGACUCGCUCUUUGUCCAACUGGUCAACGCACUCGUACAGUAUCAGGACAAGGAUGAGGAGGAAGCCGAAGAGAGUGUGAAGAAGGAGAAGGUAAAGAAAGCGGAUGAUGAGAAAGAGGUGGUGAAGCAGGGAGAGGAGAGAGAAGGAGGAGACUCGAAAAGUCAUGUUACCCAGAGUGGCGGAGGAGGAGGAGAGGGUAGUCAACGCCCCUUCCCAAAACCAAUAGUUUUCCAGUCGAUCUCACAAGUUUUUCCCGACAUGGGAAAUCCCGACGAACUCAGGGAAAAGUACGUAGAGCUGACAGUGCGCAUGGACCCGAACACACUGCCUCCCGAAUGCACGCCGAACAUAGACGGUGCGCGCGCCGAAUCGGUGCCUAGGGAGCAGACCAUGCAUUCGUUUCACACGCUCUUUUGUCGGCGCUGCUUCAAGUACGACUGCUUCCUACACCGUCUUGAAGUGCACCACUCUGGGCCCAAUAUGCUUCGUCGCAAGGGACCCGAACUCAAGUCAAGAUCCGAGCCAUGUUCUGCCAACUGCUAUCUCCUACUGGACGGCAUGAAAGAAAAGAUGGCGGCCAUAGCAGAUGAGGCGGCAGCAGCAGCCGAACAGAGCAAAGCAGCGGCGGCGGCGGUCAAGGAGGGGGAGGGGGGCGGCGAUGCGGUUGCCAUGGCAACGGCCACUGAUAAACAGCAACCGCCAACUGAGGAGAGCAAAGCGUUAGCGUUGAGCGGUAGCGGUGCGGCAUGCGGUAGUGGCAAAGAGGUUGCGGAUGCGGUUGCGGCAGGCGAGACGUCUGCGGCUGCGGCAGGACCACGCAAAGUGCGCAAACAGACGUCGGUCGACUCUGGCAACGAGGCCAGCUCUGAGGACAGCAACGACAGUAAAGAUUUCAAGCAGGGUCAGAGUGGUGCAGGGGGUGGCGAGGGUGGUGCCGGGGGUGGCACAAGUGGCUCGGGCUACUCGCUGGUGGGGCUGCUGGAGGGGGGAGCAGACGGCGGGGAGGGGGCCGGCGAGUGGACCGGGUCUGACCAGUCGCUGUUUCGCGCGCUGCAUCGCGUCUUCCUCAACAACUACUGUGCCAUCGCGCAGAUCAUCAUGACCAAAACCUGCCAACAGGUGUUUGAGUUUGCGCAGAAGGAGGCAGCCGACAUAGAGCUGGAAGAGUCCAACAAGGACUACACACCUCCGCCUCGCAAGAAGAAGAAGAAGCACGCCCGGCUUUGGUCCGUCCACUGUCGCAAGGUGCAACUGAAGAAAGACUCUUGGGGCAGCAAUCACAUGACCAACUACACGCCGUGCCGCCAUGACAGUGCCACCGAGCAGUGCGACAGUCGGUGCCCGUGCUUCGCCACGCCCAACUUCUGCGAAAAGUUCUGCGAGUGCAGCUCCGAUUGCCAGAACCGAUUCCCCGGCUGCCGUUGCAAGGCGCAGUGCAACACGAAGCAGUGUCCGUGCUACCUAGCCGUGCGAGAGUGUGACCCCGACCUCUGUCAGACCUGCGGUGCUGACCACUUCGACACCAACAAGAUCACCUGCAAGAAUGUCAGCGUACAGCGCGGAUUGCAUAAACACCUGCUGAUGGCACCAUCCGAUGUGGCCGGUUGGGGCAUUUUCCUCAAGGAUUCUGCGCAGAAGAACGAGUUCAUCUCGGAGUAUUGCGGCGAGAUCAUCUCACAGGACGAGGCCGACAGGCGCGGCAAGGUCUACGACAAGUACAUGUGCAGUUUCCUCUUUAAUCUCAAUAACGAUUUUGUAGUUGACGCGACGCGCAAAGGCAACAAGAUUCGGUUCGCGAACCACUCGAUCAACCCGAACUGCUACGCAAAGGUGAUGAUGGUGAACGGCGACCACCGCAUCGGCAUAUUCGCCAAGCGAGCUAUACAGCCCGGCGAAGAGCUCUUCUUCGACUACAGAUAUGGGCCAACCGAACAGUUGAAAUUCGUUGGCAUUGAGAGAGAAAUGGAAUUUUUGUAACGAUUUUCAAGAUUUCAUCCAGUUAGGUACUAUUCAUUCAUUCGAUUAUAUUUAUUCAUUCAUAAUGUUCUUCAAUCAUAAAUUCAUUCAUUAGGAUUCAUCAAUCAUAUUAAUUUUAUCAAACAUGUGAAUGAGAAAUUGAUUUUCGAAUCAUAUUAUUUUAAGAGAUAAUCACUUAUCAGUUGAUUUCACAAUUUUAGCUCAUUUUAGUUAUUUCAGCUCUCAAUAUUAUUUUUAUCAGUUGCCAUUCUAAGUUUCCGUAAGUUUCAAAUCAAAUUAUUAUUUCUUAGCAUUUGUACAAUAUCUUUUUAAUAAAAUAGUGGAAUUAAA